CGCUAGGCUGAUUGAUGAUCCAAGGCGGUCAGUGAUAAAAACUACCACGGCCCGUGAAAAAAGGGCACGAGGCUGGGAACGCCGUCGAACAGUGACAGUAGAAGCCUCAUAACUAGCCCAGACGGGGGCGCACCUCGCUGCGGGCGAAGGACCCAGCAGGAGGGCUGUGCCUUCACCCGCCCUCCUGCGUGAGGGAGCGCGGGACCUGCAGUGCGUUCCUACAGGAAACAGCCCCUAACUGGUCGCCCGGGACGCUGGCCGGUCUGCUGGGGAAGGCCGAGCAAAACGCCGCUAUAAUUCGACGGUCCGGGAUCGCCAUCGCCCCAAGACUCGCCAUUUGAAGCCGCUUAUAGUCAUGAAACGGGAGAACUCGAAUCUCUGCUGCGAGACCACGCUUGCCGCGCGGCCGGGUCAACGCGCGGCGUCGAAAAAGUAAACUACCCUUCAACCGCCACGCCAUCGCCGCGACGGCUCCAUGAAAAAUUCCAGAGAGACGCACGCUCGCGACAUGUCCAUGAAAAAUUCCAGAGAGACGCACGCUUCAAGCGCCCCGCCAUCGACGCGACCCCGACCGCAGGUCAACUCGAGGCGCUCGAGCGCUGGCUCCAACUGAACAGCGGAAGCUUCCGCCAGUGGCCGGGCCUCGUGGACGUCGCCUGGGCGCGCGUGGCCGGCCGCGACUCCGUCUGCCUCAAGCUGACCUACGAGUCGCACGUCGCGCUCGAGCAGAACUACGACCGCUGGGUCGCGGCGGCGGAGAUGAUGGAGCGCAGCUUCCUGUCGCGCGCGCCGAGCGAGCCCUCCGUUUCGGCCCAGAACUCGCCGACGCCCUCCCCCAAAUCGGCGGCGCCCGUCGGGGCGCCCUCGGCGGCGGACCAGCUCAACAUGGAGUCGCCGAGCGCAUCAUAUAGAACGCUGGCCUGACACGUCGCGCGGAGCUCCCAUUCCCACGCCCUGUGCAGAGGCUUCUGUUGUCUACCCUUUUGUGGUGGUCCCCGUUGGCACCCCCCGCCGCCGCCGACGUAAAAUUAUUUAUAUCGA